GCUUUUUAUCUCAAGUUUUUGUUUUAGAACUUUUGGUGGAAGGAAAGUCCUUCGGAAUCCAGAGAACAGCAGCAACCGAUGAAACCGUCCUUGACACGGAAGAGGUUUUACAGAAGUUACGUGAUGAGGGCUUAGUAAUGAGACCGGAGUCUGUGGCAUCCGGCGGAGUCAAGUUUGAAUUAGUGGCUACCGAGAGUCUUGCUAAUCAAAUGUUGAAUCCAAAGGCACGACGUCUCCCUCCAAUCUGUCUACAGAGGCGCGAAAAAACAAGAAAAAAGAAAAGAAAUUUAACGUACGAGCGAAUUGUUGAAAAACUAGAGAAGGCAGAAGAACGCCGAAAGCAACAAGAAGAAGAGAGACUGAGUAAGGUGACGUCAAAGGAAAGAAUUGAUGAGGUGUCAAAUGUAGUUGUUCAGCAAGCUGAAGAAAAAAGACUGAAACAAAACGAGAAAAUGGAAGCUAUAACAAAAAGCAGGGAGAAACAUCUUCAGGCCUUACAGAGUAAACUUCGCGCACACGAAGAAAGAGCUCAAAAAGUUCGUCAGAGGAAGAAAUCUCUGAGCAAAGUUCCAACUAUUCCAGAAGACCAAGAGUUGAUGGACCGUUUUCAGUGGGGCUUUGGUGAAGAAGAGAAGGCUUGUUAAUUUAGUAUAACUGAUGGACCGUUUUCAGUGGGGCUUUGGUGAAGAAGAGAAGGCUUGUUAAUUUAGUAUAACUGAUGGACCGUUUUCAGUGGGGCUUUGGUGAAGAAGAGAAGGCUUGU